AUGUCAACGUCACAAACAUCAACACAGAAGACUCGAAUUCUCGCAGACAAAUUCGUGGAAUAUGUUUCAACCACCCGAUAUGAAGACGCAUAUCGCCUCCUUAACGAAGAUGGACAGUUUGUUUUGACUGGCCAGACUCCAGUCUCAGGAGUCUACAAGGGGCUCGAAGACAUCUUUGCCCGGCUUGCACCUGCUUUAUCUGGUUAUACAGAAAGACCCACCAUCGUCUUCUCAGACAUUAUUGUGGAUGGGGAUAAAGCAUUCUUGAGAGCCAGUGGAAUUGGAAAAGCCACGCACGGAGUGUAUAAGCAGCCUUAUUAUGGGUAUUAUCUACGUGCAGAGGGAGAUGGACUUGCUGAGAUCAUUGAGUAUUUUGAUCCUUUCCAGAUUGAGUCUGCGUUCUUUGGGAAAAAGCUGGUCGAUUCAUCAGAAUAG